AUGUCCCUCGACGAAAAAGCGAACGCGGAGAAAAUCUCCCCAGUCUCCUCAAACUCGAGCUCAGAGCAAGCACAAUCAACCGCAUACAACGCGAACACCAACACCCCCAGCCUAUCCGCCCUCGACAAUCUCCAAGUCCUCCCCAAAAUCCUCCAAGAGGGCGUCCUCUUCGUCGCAUCAGGGCCUGCUCUCCUCCUCCAAGCCGCGCAUCCAGGCUUCUCUACCACCGCCAACACCAGCACAAACCUCACCACCGAGCUCACGACAUCCCUCCACGCAACCCUAAGCUACAUCGCCUGCCUGGUCUUCGGCACAGCGGAAGAAAAAGAAGCUCUAUUAGGCCGGUUGCGGCUAGGACAGCCUCCACUGCAAUCAAGCCCAAGCUCAACCCCAUCUUCACGACCUCCCGCAUCACAACUCUGGCUGCUUGCGACCCUCUACGCAACAGCAACAGACUUCUACCAGCGCAUCUACGGGUCCUUCGACUACCGCACCGCCGAGGCAGCGUACGACGAGUUCGGUGUAGUCCUGCGGCACCUCUCGCCAACCAUCCUCCCAUCCGAUCAAGCUUUGUGGCCGUCCACCCGCGCUGAGUUCUGGAAAUACUGGGACGCCGAGCUCCCGAAGCUUGCUGUUUCUGCGGCGGCGCAUGAUGUCGCGACGGAGCUGGCGCGGUGGGAUUUACCGCGUGGGGUGGGAUUGACCAGGCCUGUGUUGAGGGCGAUCACGAUCGAGAUGCUCCCUGAGAAUAUUCGGGAAGGGUAUGGGCUCAAGAGCACGUUUGGGACCAGACGGCUGUAUGCGACGGCCAUGGGGCUUUUGAAGCCGGUUUAUCCUUGUAUUCCGAGGGGGUGGAGGGCGUCUCCUGUUAAGUAUUAUUUGGAGGAGUUGAGGAGGGGAAUUAGCUCGUGA